AUGCGCUACACACCAACAGCCAAACAAGAUACAGAUAAUCUUAGAAGACUAUUUGACGAUGUCAGUAAGCUUGUUAGAAAUUAUGCAGACCAACACCAAGAGCAAAACAAUGAUAUUGCUUGCUUGGUCGCCGGCCAUCUCGUUAAAGAGAACAUGGCUGAUUUUACCAUCAAGGUUGCUCCUGCCAGCAGGAAAAGAAAAGCAAUCAGUGGCUAUGACAUGUUCAAGCAAGAGAUGAUGCUGCAGACGAGUAAGGUGUCCUCUACUGCUAGCACGGGAAAACCCAACGAUUUACAAAACUUGAUGGCCAAGUAUGCGGAAGCCUGGAAGGCGCUCAAGAAAAACAACCCUGACAAGGUCAACCAACUAAAAUUGAAAGCCGCAGAAAAGACCAAGGCUAGGGAUGCAGAGCCCAUUACCACCGGAGGAAGACUCGAAGUCUACCAUAAUGAUUUGAAUACCAUCACUAAAAGCCUCGUAGCGAUGUUAGACAAAUACAAUUUUCAUUCCGUCUUAUAUCAUUAUACAGAAACUGAUAACGACUUUAUGUAUCCUAGUGAUAUUUUUUUUUAA